AUGUAUGUCCGAGCUGUCCUUUCCGCGUUUGCCCAGAUACUGUAUAUCGUCGUCGCCGUGGCCGCGCUGGAUCCGAAUGUCAUCUUCAUUCUAACCGAUGACCAGGACGCUCGACUGGCCAGUCUGGAUUACAUGCCUUACGUCCAAAAGCGGCUUGUACAGAAGGGCACCUCGUUUAAUCACCACUACAGCACGGUUGCUCUCUGUUGUCCCUCGAGGGUCUCACUGUGGACUGGAAAAGCUGCGCACAACCACAACGUUACGGAUGUGGUUGAACCAUACGGCGGAUAUCCAAAAUUCAUCAAACAGGGCCUCAAUAGCAAUUGGUUGCCUGUCUGGCUGAAAGCCGCCGGGUACAAUAAUUACUAUGUCGGGAAGCUUUUCAACUCUCACACGAUUGCCAAUUACUUUCUUCCCUUUCCAGCCGGGUUCAAGGGCACUGAAUUUCUACUGGAUCCCUACCAAUAUUCGUAUUGGAAGCCAGGGUUUCAAAGAAACCUCGACAUCCCGAAGAUCUAUGACGGUGAAUACUCGACGGAUCUGGUCGCGGAAAAAACUCUCGGGUUCUUGGCCGAUGGUGUGAAAGAUGGUCGACCAUUCUUUCUUACUGCUGCACCAAUCGCCCCUCAUGUGACCGUCAAUGUCACUAUCGACGUCCUGUCAUUCUCCUACACCCUAAGUAAUGGACCACCUAUGCCCGCCGAAAGACAUAAGGGGCUCUUCGCAGAUUCCAAAGUGCCGAGAACUGAUAACUUCAACCCUUCUGUGUCAUCCGGUGCUAGCUGGGUUGCCCAAUUACCCCAGCUCAACGAGACCGAAGUGGAACGAAAUGACGAAUACUAUCGCGAGCGGCUUCGAGCUCUUCAGGCCGUCGACGAAAUGGUAGAACUGAUUUUUCAAAAGCUCGAGCAGUACACUAUCACGGACAAUACCUACGUCUUCUUCUCCUCAGACAAUGGUUAUCACAUUGGACAACAUCGCUUACAGCCGGGCAAGAAGUGCGGUUACGAAGAAGACAUCAACGUGCCAUUAAUAGUCAGAGGUCCCGGUAUCCCAGAGGGCGAGACUGUUGACACCCCAACUUCACAUCUUGACCUUGCACCCACGUUCCUUGAGCUCCUUGGCAUUCCUCUGCGAGAUGAUUUCGACGGUUCUCCUAUACCUCUUCCUGUCCUUCAAAGCUCUUCCACUACUGCAGAAGAGCCAAGGGAGCAUGUGCAAGUGGAAUUCUGGGGAACAGAUAACCCGAACGAGUGGAAUGCUUAUGCGAAUGAUUCGGGUUUCAACAACACGUAUAAAUCCAUUCGUGUAAUCGGCGAUGGUUAUAAUGUGUACUACUCUGUCUGGUGUACUAACGAGCAUGAGCUCUAUGACAUGGAUGUCGACCCGGGGCAACUGAACAACCUGUUAGCUUCAGAUGCAAACAGUAGUAGCAUAAUAAAUCACCCGGUGGCUGAUGUCGCUAAGCGUCUAGAUGCUCUGCUACUGGUCUUGAAAUCAUGCCAAGGGGAGAGUUGUCGCCGACCGUGGACAACGCUUAUACCAGAUGGUUCCAUCGCUACACUUACAGAAGCCCUGUCGACCUCUCACGAUGCGGUUUUUCAGAGCUUCCCGGAGGUCUCAUUCUCUGCAUGCGUCGGCGGACAUGUGGUUGCUUUUGAGGGAGCGCAGUUCGAGAACCCCUCUCAGAGGCGCCAGUUGCCUACGACAGAUGGAUCAGAUCCUGACUGGGCAUUAAUGACCUGA